AGGAGACACACUUAACUUGGUCAUGAUGGCAGCAAUUGCACUUCUGGUGUUUAUUCCAGCUGUGGAGUCAUGCUUGCGCUUGAGCAGCAAUACAACAACGGUAAAUGUGACCACAGGCUCUGAUGUGCUACUGAACUGCCACUUUGUGUACAAAUUCAAAUUAACCCUAGGAAUGAUCUCAGUUUCGUGGAGGAGGCAGCCUGCAACUGAGGAAAGUCAACAGAUGAUAGCACAUUUUGAUGGCCUAAACCUCCAAACUUUCUACAAUAACUCAUUUCUCUCACCAAAAGCACUGUUGGAAGGAGAUGCAAGCUUGCUAAUGAAGAAUGUGUCUAACUCUGACACAGGAGAUUACUUCUGUGAUGUCCUGGUGACACCAGUAAAGAAAGAAAUCCAACUCAACUUAAAUGUAGCAGGUCAGGCUAUGACACUGACUCACUGAAAGUUGGACCUUCCAGAUACAGGUACAUUUUAUGUGGAUGGACCCUGUAAGAAUAAGUAAAAUGUCCAAGAGUCUCAGAGUAAAAGCAAACCUGUGAUUCUCUAGGCGAUCCCCUAGGAGGAAGUUUUGAUAGGACAGUAGGCACUCAAUCUGACAGAAAGUGUGCUCAAAUAUCUAACCAAGAAAGUCAGUCCAUGGAGGAAAAGCAGAUUACAACAGCAGCAUAUGGUUCUUGACUUUGAACAGUGGGACAUCUAGUCCAUUUAAAACGGGAAACCCAGAAGAUCCCUUGUACCCCUGCCCCUCUAACUGACUGUCUCUGUAGCCAAAAUAUCCUAAGCCUAACCCUAUAGAAAUAACUUGGCCAAAGAAAUCAAAGAA